AUGAUCGAAGGCUUAACACCACAUCAGUACACGGCUUUGGUGGUGACGGAACGGGUCAACUCGUGCAUUUCAAUCGUCGGCAUCGUCUUUGUCGUUCUGACCUAUCUCUUUUCUCCGGGCUUCAACAAACCGAUCAAUCGACUCAUUUUCUUCGCAACAUGGGGAAACCUGGGCUCCAAUAUCGCAGCCUUAAUCUCUGAAGCCGGGCCGACAGCUGGCCCGCUGUCGCCGCUAUGUCAAUUUCAAGCGUUCUUGGUCCAGAUGUUCUUGGGAGUUGACUGCUAUUGGGCCUGUUGCAUGGCUCUCAACGUGUAUCUGGUCUUCUUUCGGGGGUAUACCGUGGAGCAGCUGCGAUCGCUAGACAACGCAUAUCUGCUGGUUUGUUAUGGGUUGUCUUUCAUCCCAGCCCUCAUUUUCAUCUUCCUCUCAACUAAGGACCGAGGACACAUCUACGGACCAGCUAUCAUUUGGUGCUGGAUCACCGAAGAAUGGGACUUUAUGCGAAUCGCUUUCCUCUAUGGUAUCGUGUGGGUUGCUAUCUUGUUUGCUUUCGUUGUUUAUGGAAUGGCAGCAAAGGUCAUCUGGGAUAAGCGACAGCACCUUGAUGGCUUCCUGAACCCGCUGAAUGAGAAUCCGUUCGUCAACACGAUUACGACUGAGAUCGAAGUCACUACCGAUGAGCGCCCCAUCGUGAAGGACGCUGGUGGGCAACAGGGUUUUGAAACCUAUCCUGACAUUGACCCUUACCACGUCGAAGUUCGCGUCGAUCCUCAGAGACAGAGCAGACCACUGCCGGCGGCCUUGCGGAUGCGAAGCAUCACGAGAAAUGUGGCCGAGCGCGAGACGAAUGCCGAGGCAUGGCUCUAUGCUCGGGUUGCAUUUUUGUUCUUCAUCGCACUGCUGAUCACUUGGAUCCCAUCCAGUGUCAACCGAGUAUAUGCCCUGGUGAAGCCCGGCGUGGUUAAUUUCCCGCUCAACUACGUCGCGUCUUUUGUCUUCCCUCUGCAAGCCUUCUGGAACGUCAUCGUGUACAUCAUCACGUCGCAAACGGCAUGUCGCCAUCUAUGGAACAGUCUGUUUGGGAGGUCGUCGCGCAAGACCAGCCUCCCAUCGACACUGGCCGGUCGAAACCUGGAUGAUGUGUACCUGUCACGUGGCAAGCAGAGGCUGCAGAGCUUCUCGGGCAGUGGCGAGCAAGUGGACAGCCAAGAGCUGAAGGACCUGUCCAAUAAACGGAGUUCCUCGAGGAAUUCUUGA